UAUCCCUUUGUAUGUUGCGUUGGAUGAAGGAUGGAAGAAGAAGGUGGAUAGGAUAACUCGUUCUUUGGAUAUUUCGGUCUUUCCAUUUCCAUCAUCAUCCGCAUCAUCAUCAUAUAAAUUUCAAUUUCAAUUUGAUUUGAAUUUCAAUUUGAUUUGAAUUUCAAUUAUGGAGGAUUAUUUAUUCGAUGUUAUGGAGUUUAUGAAGAAACCUUCAAUAACGGAAACAUUCGUCGAUAUUUUGCUAUGUGCGGUUCCGAUUUGGCUUGCGGUGAUGAUCGGUUUGGUGAUCGGUUGGUCAUGGCGCCCACGGUGGACCGGACUUCUCUUCAUCGGUCUUCGGAGCAAGUUUCGUUUCUUAUGGACGGUUCCUCCGGGAUUCGGUGCUCGUCGUCUUUGGUUAGCGUUCACCGCUCUUUCUGCUUUCUCUAUUUGUCGCAGAUAUUGGUCUAAUUUCAAAAAUAAGGAGAAAGUGCUAGAUCCUUCUUCCAAUUCGUGUUCCGAUGACGCCACCGACGCUACCAAACACGCUGCUCGGUCCGGUGAUAAAGCCGACGAGAGAGACAAAGAUACAGUUAGAGAGGCUGAUUUGGAACAUCUUCUUCAUCUUCUUGAAGGGAAAGACGGAGAGAUUGACUGGCAAAGUUUUAUGGAAAGGUCAACACCAAAUAUGCAAUACAAAGCCUGGCGUUAUGACUCUGAGACAGGGGCUACAGUUUACCGUAGUAGAACUGUAUUUGAAGAUGCAACUCCUGAGUUAGUGAGGGAUUUCUUCUGGGAUGAUGAUUUUCGUCCCAAAUGGGAUCCUAUGCUCGCACACUGCAAAGUGUUGAAAGAAUGUCCUCAUAAUGGGACAUCAAUUGUUCACUGGAUUAAAAAGUUCCCCUUUUUCUGUAGUGAUCGGGAAUAUAUUAUCGCUCGAAGGAUUUGGCAGGCUGGAAAUGCAUACUACUGUGUGACAAAGGGGGUUCCCUAUCCAAGUUUGCCAAAACGCGAUAAGCCCAGACGCGUAGACCUCUACUUUUCUAGUUGGGUAAUCAAACCUGUGGAAUCUCGCAAAGGAGAUGGUCAGUUGUCUGCAUGCGAGGUUACCCUUUUGCAUCACGAAGACAUGGGGAUUCCAAAAGAUGUUGCAAAGUUAGGAGUCCGCCAUGGAAUGUGGGGAGCUGUCAAGAAAUUGCACUCUGGUAUGAGAGCAUACCAGAAUGCUAGGAAAACAGAUGCUUCUUUGUCGAGAUGUGCAUUGAUGGCAAGUAAAACAACCAGGCUUUCUUCUAAUGGAAACUUGCAUUCGUUAGAGGAUGCAUCUUUGAUGGAAGAGAGGGAGCAAGCCAUCAACAAUGCCCGACAGAUUGGUCACGGCCUGGAUUGGAAGUGGGUGGCCUUAGGUGGGACUGUUGCUGUGGUUUUGGGUAUUCACAGUGGUGCAGUAGGGCGAGCAUUGUUGUUGGGAGCAGGGCAUAGAUUUGCACGGAGAUGAGAGAUCUAGGAUCUAUUCAAUGGAAUGUUCCAUUAAUCAACAUUCGGAAGAUUCAUCAUAAAUUAUAUUUAGCCCAUAUUUAUCACUAUCGAAUGCUAAUUUUGCAGCUAUUAUCAUCAUUAUUUUUUUAGUAGUUUCAACCUUUAUUGAUUCAUCUCGCAUUUGUGUAUUUUAGAAUGCAAAGCUGCAAUUACAUGCCUCUUUCUUCGAGGGCGUAGAGAGGGGGAUGGGAUCCUUUCACAGAGUUGUACAAUUUCAUUCUGACCCCUGUAAGUCUGAGUCGGUCAUUUUAGUCUUUUGAAUGUGUAACUGUUGGUCUAUAUAGUCCAGUUAUUUAAUGUCAACGUUCUUUCUUCCGUA